GUAGACUUGCGGCCGCGGCAGUCUGCGUGCGAGCACCCUGUAGCGCACGGCGCAGGCGCGCGCGGUCGCACAGUGGCGCGGCGCAUAUAAAGCGCGCGGCGCGACCAGUGGGCACAGUGCCGAGCCGCCGAGCGCCGCGAGUCGCCGAAAUGAGCGCCCUCGCCUCCCUCGCCCGCUUCACCCUCUGCGCGCUGCUCCUCUCCGGCGACGUGCUCGGAAAACAUAAGAAAGUGAAGCCAAAGAAGUUUGUGUCGCCGACGACAAAGGGCAUUCAGUGCUAUAACUGUCUGUCGUUUGAUCACCCGGGGUGCUGGGACCCCGACCACCCGGAUUUCGCCAACAUUACCGUUCCGAACAUAGACUGCUACAUCCCAGGGAUGGCCUUCCUAUGCAUCGUCAUCACAUCCGAGUCGGCCAAGCUGGUGGAAACGGGCCAGGAGAUCGGCCCCGUGCGCGCGCGCACCUGCGUGCCCGCCAAGGACUUCUCUAAGAAGACUGUAUCAUACUCCAUGUGCAGCAAACUCAGCAAGGAGCUGUCUGCCUCCGAGAUAUUCUCGCGCAUCGCAGUCAGUCGGCCGCAGUGCACGCUCUGCAAGAAACACCUGUGCACGGACGCGUCGCACUGCUAGCCGGACCCCGCUCCCCGCCGCACACCGUCGCCCGCCGCCACGCCGCCACACCACCCGCACCGUGUUUACAAACUAAGCGCGGCACAAUGCAAUAGAGUUAAGUGCCUGUUAUCAAGGCACGUAACUCACCGCCGCCGUAUCGACUAUCGCGUUAUUCGUUAACAGUGUACUGAGUACAUAAUAAAGCAGCCGACACACGGCGCACCGCACC